AAGAAGCUUGCGGCAGACAUAACACAAAUUACAAUCAUUGUUCAGCUUCUCUCUCUCUCUAGGUCUUAUCCAAUCUUUUUUUUCGUUCUUCAAGAAAAAAAAAACAGAGCAAAGAGAUAGAGCAUCAUCAUCAAUGGGGAAGAAAGACGAGAAAGUCGAAGCUGUUCUUCAUUUGGUCAAGAAACAAACUCCACUCACUUUCAAACAAGAGAAGUUCUGUAACAGAGAGUGUGUUGAGAGAUUCUUGAAGGUUAAAGGAGAUAAUGUGAGAAAAGCUGCGAAACAACUACUCUCAUGUCUUUCUUGGAGACAAAACCUCGAUCUUGAAGAACGAUUGGGAGCAGAAGAGUUCUCAACGGAGCUUGGCGACGGUGUAGCUUACAUCGCCGGUCACGACAGAGACUCCAGACCCGUUAUCGUUUUCCGGUUUAAGCAUGAUUAUCAGAAGCUGCGUACACAAAAACAAUUUACGCGUUUAUUGGCGUUCACGAUGGAGACUGCGAUCUCAAGCAUGUCCAGAAACGCGGAACAGAGCCUUGUUCUUCUCUUCGAUGCAAGCUUUUUCAGAUCAUCCUCUGCAUUUGCGAAUUUGCUUUUGGCGACUCUAAAGAUAAUUGGAGAUUAUUACCCAUGCCGACUUUACAAAGCCUUUAUCAUCGACCCUCCCUCUUUUUUCUCAUACCUUUGGAAGGGUGUUCGUCCUUUUGUGGAACUUUCAACGGUCACGAUGAUAGUGUCGUCGCUGGACUACGACGAACCGCUAGAUAUCAGCCACGUGUCAUCAAAUCCUAGAUCAGCAUCGUUACGGUUCGAUGCAUCGUCGAUUAAAUCAACGGCCACGGUUGGUUCAGCUUCUUCAAGAUUCGCUUUCACCGUAUCUCACAACUCCUUGAAGCCGUGGUAUCUCUCCUUCACCGACACGACGUCACCUUACAACGCCGCCGCUCAAGUUUCUCCUCUCAGCGCACGGUCGUUAUCUUUCGCGUCUCCGGCGGCGCGUGGUUUCAAAGACGCGAAACCAGCCGCAUGCAGAAAGAGUCUCUUUCCGUCUACCCCGUUGCCGGAGAAGACGAAGACGGUUUCGCACCGGAAAACUCCACGGCCGUCGUUUUUUCAGUCUCCGGCGAUGUUCUUUCGCAGGGAGAACAACGCCUCCGGAGGAGAAGGAGGAGGAGGGGAGAACAAGCAACGUGAAGCGUUCGUACCGUAUUUGAAGCUUUACCGGAGACCGUACGAUGAGACGGCGUAUAGGUCUAAGCUUCGAGGUCCACGUGGGUUUGUGUCAGUCGUGUCUUCUCACAGAAGAUGUCGCCACGUGUCUUUAUCUCAACGGUUCUAAGUCAAAAGACGAGAGAGAUUAGAGAACGAGAGAGUAAAUAAACAUUGAUGAUGAUUGAUCCAAUGAGCUUCUUUGAUUUUUCUAUAAUUACCAACCAAUUAAGAAACAGACGAAAGCUGUUUUGUUCAAUUUUACUCCUUCAAAAAAGAAAACCAAGUUGUGUUUAAGAAAAAGUUAAAAC